AACUAGAUAAAUUAGGCAAGAGUGAAUAAAAGUAUUAAACAUGGACAAUAUUUUCACUUCGAACUUUAAAAGUAUAACCUAGUCAUGGAUUAUUUAGGUGAAAUAAUAACUCUCGGAAUUAACAGUAUAAUUUUUGGUGUUUGCUUGAAACAAUAUUUCCAUUGCAAAAAUGCAAUUAUAGCAGUUAAGGAUGCAGAGUUUCAUGAAAUUGGACCACAAUUGGAAAAGAUUGUUGACAAAAGUACUGAUAGUAAAAUAAAUUAUAUAGCUAUUAGGGGUUUUGUGAAGCCCUUAGGAAAGCCAUUGAAUAGCAUUAAUGAUAAAAAAAUAACUGGUGUUAUACAAAAGCUUAAAAUCAAAGAACACGUUGUAGCCAGAACUACUGCUGGCUUCUGGUCAAAUCGAGAAUAUACUGUUCAUAAAGUAUUUAACACUGUACCAUUUUCUUUACAACAAGGAAAUUAUUCUGUAGAGAUAUUAGAACCAUUAUCAGCAGAUAUUUUACACUUGGAUGUAGUAUCUAAUAACUUUAAACCAACUGAAUCAUCCUUUGUUGAUCAUUUAUGGAGCUUUUUUACAGGUGUACGUCAACGUGGUCUACAAUCUACCGAAGAAAUACUUCGUGAAGGUACAGUUAUUACUGGCAUAGGUGAAUUAGCAAGAACAAAAUCCAAAACACUUACUUUACAACCUCCAUUAGAUGGUACACCAUUUUAUUUAACAAGCUUGUCAAUUAGUUCUUUAAUUCAUAAAUUAGAUGAGCGUAAACGAACAUAUAGAUUAUUAUGUUUAAUGUUCGGUGCAAUUGGGAUAUUGAUUGGUGGAAUAGUUUUCCGACGUUAUUGGAAAGAAAGAACAGAACAAAGAUUAGCAGAAGAGCUUAGACAAUCUUUGGCUGCAUCUCGGAGAGAAAGGCGGCAAAGAGUAAGAGACACUGAUCUCAGAGAAGAUCAGUUGUGUGUUGUUUGUCGCACAAAUCCUCGUGAGAUUAUUCUUCUUCCAUGUGGACAUGUCUGUUUAUGUGAAGACUGUUCUGAUGAUAUUACUAGUGAUUGCCCAGUGUGUAGAGCACCAAUCUCACAAAAAGCUGCAGCGUAUAUUAUCUAAUAUCAGUAUACCUAUAAUUUUCUUAAAAUAUAUUUUGACUACAUUUUUGUUGUAUAAUAAAAAUUAUUGU